CUUGCUGCGUGUAGGAGGCAGGCAGGCAAACCGCGCUGCUGACCCGCUUGCAGAGAGCGUGUCGCCUCGCCUACAUCCCAGCCAGCUCGCAUGCUGUAAGGAGUGAGAGCCGUCAGGUGUGUAGGCUGGUGAGGCCAUAACACUUACCCGCCAAGAUGGUGGCCUUAUCUUUAAAGAUUUGUGUGCGCCAGUGCAAUGUGGUAAAAACGAUGCAGUUUGAACCAUCCACACCUGUGUAUGAUGCCUGUAGGAUCAUCAGAGAGAGAGUACCAGAAGCCCAGUCUGGACAAGCCUCUGAUUAUGGCUUGUUCCUGUCUGACGAUGAUCCGAGGAAAGGAAUCUGGCUUGAGUCUGGGAGAACCCUGGAUUACUACAUGCUGCGAAAUGGAGAUGUCUUGGAGUAUAAGAAGAAACAAAGACCGCAAAAGAUCAAAAUGCUGGAUGGUGCUGUGAAAACCAUCAUGGUUGAUGACUCAAAAACAGUCGGAGAGCUACUUGUCACAAUAUGCAGUAGAAUAGGUAUUACCAACUAUGAGGAAUACUCGCUCAUACAGGAAGUUCCAGAGGACAAGAAGGAGGAGAGUACAGGGACAUUGAAGAAAGACAGGACCCUUCUGCUACGAGAUGAAAGGAAAAUGGAAAAACUCAAAGCCAAACUUCAUACAGAUGAUGACUUAAACUGGCUGGAUCACAGCAGGACAUUUAGAGAGCAGGGAGUAGAAGAAUGUGAAACCCUGCUGCUGAGGCGAAAGUUCUUCUAUUCUGACCAGAAUGUGGACUCACGGGAUCCAGUCCAACUAAACCUGCUCUACGUUCAGGCUAGAGAUGAUAUAUUGAAUGGAUCCCACCCCGUCUCCUUUGAUAAAGCCUGUGAGUUUGCAGGGAUCCAGGCUCAGAUCCAGUUCGGACCCCACGUGGAGCACAAACACAAGCCUGGAUUCUUGGACUUGAAAGAGUUUCUACCUAAAGAGUAUAUCAAGCAACGAGGGUCCGAGAAGAAAAUAUUCCAAGAGCAUAAAAACUGUGGAGAAAUGUCUGAAAUUGAGGGGAAGGUGAAGUAUGUGAAGCUUGCCAGAUCUCUGCCAACAUAUGGAGUGUCCUUCUUCCUCGUCAAGGAAAAGAUGAAGGGUAAAAACAAGCUGGUCCCAAGGCUGCUGGGGAUAACGAAAGAGUCAGUCAUGAGAGUGGAUGAGAAAACCAAGGAUGUGGUGCAGGAAUGGCCUCUAACAACAGUCAAGAGAUGGGCAGCCUCCCCUAAGAGCUUCACUUUGGAUUUUGGAGAAUAUCAGGAGAGUUACUACUCAGUCCAGACAACAGAAGGAGAACAGAUAUCCCAGCUUAUUGCAGGAUACAUUGACAUCAUUCUUAAAAAGAAGCAGAGUAAAGAUCGAUUUGGCCUCGAGGGGGACGAAGAAUCCACAAUGCUGGAGGAAUCCGUUUCCCCUAAGAAAUCCACAAUUUUGCAACAGCAGUAUAAUAGGGUUGGUCGUGUGGAGCACGGGUCAGUGGCCCUUCCUGGCAUUAUACGGUCUGGCUCUAUUGGUGGCCCUGAUAACUACAGUGUGGGCACAAUGCCUUCUGCCCAGCAGCAAAUUACCACUGGACAGAUGCACAGAGGACACAUGCCUCCACUGAGUCUAGCUCAGCAGGCUUUAAUGGGAACCAUUAACAGCAGCAUGAAGGCUGUCCAGCAGGCACAGGUGGACCUGGGACAAGUAGAUAAUCUGCCUCCACUGGGCCAUGACUUGGCCUCCAGGGUUUGGGUUCGGAACAAAGUGGAUGAAUCAAAACAUGAAAUCCAUUCUCAGGUGGAUGCCAUUACUGCUGGAACAGCCUCUGUGGUCAAUCUCACAGCAGGUGAGCCAACAGAGACCGACUACACAGCAGUGGGCUGUGCCAUCACCACCAUCUCCUCAAACCUCACCGAAAUGUCCAAGGGCAUCAAGUUACUCGCAGCACUAAUGGAAGAUGAGGCGGGAGGUGGACAUAAGCUCAUGGGCGCUGCCAGGAUGCUGGCAGGAGCCGUGUCAGAUCUGCUCAGGUCCGUGGAGCCUGCGACUGGCGAGCCGAGACAGACGGUGCUGACUGCAGCAGGAAGCAUUGGACAAGCCAGCGGGGACCUGCUCCGUCACAUGGGGGAGGGCGAGACUGAUGAGAAGUUCCAGGACACCCUGAUGAAUCUGGCCAAAGCGGUGGCCAAUGCAGCUGCUAUGUUAGUCCUGAAGGCCAAGAAUGUGGCCCAGGUGGCCGAGGACACUGUACUGCAGAACCGAGUGAUUGCAGCUGCCACCCAGUGUGCCCUGUCUACCUCCCAACUGGUUGCCUGCACCAAGGUGGUGAGCCCCACCAUCAGCUCCCCAGUUUGUCAGGAACAGCUUGUCGAGGCUGGGAAGCUGGUGGACCGAUCCGUGGAGACCUGCGUCAAAGCUUGCCGCUCAGCUAGCAACGACGGCGAGUUGCUGAAACAGGUCGCAGCAGCAGCUGGUGUGGUGAGCCAGGCCCUCAGCGACCUGCUGCAACACGUCCGCCACUAUGCCAGCUGCGGGGAGCCCAUCGGACGCUAUGACCAAGCCACAGACACGAUUAUGAAUGUGACUGAAAAUAUUUUCACUUCCAUGGGUGAUGCGGGUGAGAUGGUCCGUCAAGCUCGUGUGCUGGCCCAAGCUACCUCAGACUUGGUCAAUGCCAUGAGGUCAGAUGCUGAGGCAGAGGUUGAUGUUGACAACUCCAAGAAGCUUCUUGCUGCCGCCAAACUGCUGGCAGAUGCCACUGCUCGAAUGGUGGAGGCUGCAAAGGGAGCAGCUGCUUACCCAGAGAAUGAGGACCAGCAGCAGAGACUGAGGGAGGCAGCUGAGGGACUACGAGUUGCCACUAAUGCCGCAGCUCAAAACGCCAUAAAGAAAAAACUAGUCAACCGACUGGAGAUAGCUGCUAAGCAGGCAGCGGCUGCAGCGACUCAGACCAUAGCAGCUGCUCAAAAUGCUGCUGCUUCCAACAAAAAUACUGCUUCACACCAGCAGCUAGUACACAGCUGCAAGGCAGUAGCAGACAGUAUUCCCCAGCUGGUGCAAGGAAUGAGAAGCAGCCAGGCCCAGCCAGAGGAGCUUGGCCCUCAGCUAGCCCUCAUUAUGGCCAGCCAAAGCUUUUUGCAGCCUGGAAGUAAGAUGGUUGCCUCUGCAAAGUCUGCUGUACCGACAGUGGCCGAACAGGCUGCUGCUAUGCAACUGGGGCAGUGUGCCAAGAAUUUAGCAACCUGUCUGGCAGAGCUCAGGACGGCCAUGCAGAAGGCCCACGAAGCUUGCGGCCCUUUGGAGAUUGAUUCUGCCCUUAAGACAGUACAGACGCUAAAGAGUGAGCUCCAGGAUGCAAAGAGGUCUGUGAUUGAUGGCCAGCUCAAACCUCUUCCAGGAGAAACGUUGGAAAAGUGUGCUCAGGAUUUGGGAAGUACAUCAAAGGCUGUCGGCUCCUCCAUGGCCCAGCUGCUUACCUGUGCUGCACAAGGCAAUGAGCAUUACACAGGUGUUGCUGCUCGAGAAACAGCCCAGGCUUUAAGGACAUUGGCUCAAGCAGCCAGAGGUGUGGCAGCCAGCACCAAGGAGCCUCAGGCUGCAGCUGCCAUGUUGGACUCAGCUCAGUAUGUGAUGGAAGGCUCUGCCAUGCUGAUCCACGAGGCACAUCAGGCUCUGGUUCAUCCAGGGGAUGCUGAGAGUCAGCAGAGACUGGCACAGGUAGCCAAAGCUGUGUCACACUCCCUGAAUAACUGUGUUAACUGCCUACCAGGCCAGAAAGAUGUUGAUAUGGCCCUCAGGAGCAUUGGAGAAGCAAGCAAGAAGCUACUGGUAGACUGUCUCCCUCCCAGCUGUAAGACAUUCCAGGAGGCCCAGACUGAUUUGAACCACACGGCAGCUGAACUCAACCACUCAGCAGGCGAGGUCGUCCACUCAUCCCGUGGAACAAGUAGCCAGCUGGCUGCAGCCUCGGGGAAGUUCAGCCAAGACUUUGAUGAGUUCCUGGAUGCUGGCAUUGAGAUGGCAGGACACACCCAAACAAAAGAGGACCAGAUACAAGUCAUUGGUAAUCUGAAGAACAUCUCAAUGGCAUCCAGUAAGCUGCUAUUGGCCGCCAAGUCUCUUUCUGUGGAUCCAGGUGCAGCCAAUGCAAAGAAUCUUCUAGCUGUAGCAGCAAGGGCGGUGACGGAGAGCAUUAACCAGCUGAUAACGCUCUGCACACAGCAAGCAGCCGGACAAAAAGAGUGUGACAACGCCUUGAGGGAGCUGGAGGCUGUCAGGGGUCUCCUAGGCAACCCCAACGAGCCAGUAAAUGAACUCUCCUACUUUGAAUGCAUCGAAAGCGUCAUGGAGAACUCGAAGGUUCUGGGAGAGUCAAUGGCAGGCAUUUCUCAGCACUGUAAGACAGGUGAUGUUUUAGCCUUUGGGGAGAGUGUGAGUUUGGCAUCCAAAGCUCUGUGUGGGCUAACCGAGGCUGCUGCACAGGCCUCUUACCUUGUAGCUGUUUCCGAUCCUAAUAGUCACUCUGGUCAUGAGGGGCUGGUGGAUCCGAUUCAGUUCGCAAGAGCCCAUCAAGCCAUACAGACUGCUUGUCAAAAUUUAGUGGAUCCAGCCAGCAGUCCGUCACAGGUCUUGUCUGCAGCAACAAUUGUUGCCAAGCACACCUCAGCUCUGUGUAAUGCCUGCCGUCUAGCUUCCUCUAAAACUUCCAACCCUGUGGCUAGGAGGCAGUUUGUCCAGUCAGCUAAAGAGGUGGCCAACACUACAGCCAACCUUGUCAAAACCAUCAAGGUCAACUCCCCAACUGAUCAAAACGCAUUAGAUGGAGAUUUUUCUGAGGACAAUAGAAACAGAUGCCGUGUUGCUACAGCUCCACUGCUUGAGGCUGUAGAAAACCUAUCAACCUUUGCUAACAACCCUGAUUUUGCAAGCAUCCCAGCUCAGAUCAGUAAUGAGGGCUCAGUGGCACAGGAGCCUAUUGUGCGCUCAGCCCGCUCCAUGCUCGAUAGCUCUACUUACCUUAUAGAGACGGCACGGUCACUUGUCCUCAACCCUAAAGACCCCCCCACGUGGUCGAUCUUGGCAGGCCACUCCAGGACAGUUUCUGACUCGAUCAAAAGUCUCAUCACAUCAAUCAGGGACAAAGCACCAGGGCAGAGGGAGUGUGAUUACUCUAUUGAUAACAUCAAUAAAUGUAUCCGAGACAUUGAGCAAGCCUCCCUGGCUGCGGUUGGGCAGACACUGCCUUGCAGAGAUGAUAUCUCCAUGGAGGCACUCCAGGAGCAGCUGACAUCCUCUGUGCAGGAGAUCGGUCAUCUGAUUGAUCCUGUCUCCACAGCAGCCCGAGGGGAAGCUGCCCAGCUGGGACACAAGGUGACUCAGCUGGCCAGUUACUUCGAUCCACUUAUUGUGGCAUCAGUGGGCUUAGCCUCGAAGCUGCAAGACCACCAACAGCAGAUGACCAUUCUGGAUCAGACUAAAACCUUGUCGGAAUCUGCCCUUCAGAUGCUCUACGCUGCUAAAGAAGGCGGGGGAAACCCUAAGGCUUCCCACACUCAUGAUGCCAUCUCAGAGGCAGCACAGCUGAUGAAGGAGGCGGUGGACGACAUCAUGGUAACCUUGAACGAGGCAGCAAGUGAGGUUGGCAUGGUUGGAGGCAUGGUGGAAUCCAUUGCUGAGUCCAUUGGCAGGCUUGAUGAAGGAACUCCCCCUGAGCCUGAGGGAUCUUUUGUUGACUACCAAACCACCAUGGUGAAGUUCUCAAAGGCCAUCGCCAUCACUGCCCAGGAAAUGAUGACCAAGUCUGUGACCUGUCCUGAGGAGCUGGGUGGCCUUGCCUCUCAGGUAACUGUGGACUAUGCACAGCUUGCACACCAAGGACGUCUUGCAGCAGCCACUGCAGAGCCAGAGGAGGUUGCUUUCCAGAUUAAGACACGGGUGCAAGAACUAGGCCAUGGAUGUAUUUAUCUGGUCCAGAAGGCCGGAGCCUUGCAGCUCAGCCCGACUGACAGCUUUUCCAAGCGUGAGCUCAUUGAGUGUGCCCGAGCAGUCACAGAGAAGGUAUCCUUGGUGCUAUCGGCACUUCAAGCAGGAAACAAAGGGACCCAGGCCUGCAUCACCGCUGCCAGCGCUGUGUCAGGAAUUAUUGCUGACUUGGACACCACGAUAAUGUUCGCCUCAGCUGGAACGCUGAACCCUGAGAACGAAGAAACAUUUGCUGAUCACAGGGAAAGCAUCCUGAAAACAGCCAAGACACUCGUGGAGGACACCAAGCUGCUAGUGGCAGGGGCUGCCUCCACCCAGGAGAAAUUGGCUCAGGCUGCACACUCCUCAGCCAAGACCAUCACUCAGCUUACGGAGGUUGUCAAAUUGGGGGCGACCAGCAUGGGAUCUGAUGACCCUGAGACACAGGUGGUUCUUAUAAAUGCAGUACGGGAUGUGGCCAAAGCUUUGGCUGAGCUCAUAGGUGCCACCAAAUGUGCUGCUGGCAAAGCACCUGAUGACCCGUCCAUGUAUCAGCUGAAAAGCGCAGCAAAGGUCAUGGUGACCAACGUGACCUCUCUUCUAAAAACAGUGAAGGCAGUGGAGGAUGAAGCCACUCGGGGGACAAGGGCACUGGAAGCCACCAUCGAGUUCAUAAAGCAGGAGCUGACAGUGUUCCAGUCCAAGGACAUUCCGGACAAGUCUGCCUCACCGGAAGAGUUCAUCCGCAACACAAAGGGCAUCACUGUAGCUACAGCCAAGGCCGUGGCUGCAGGCAACUCUGCUCAGCAGGAGGACGUGAUCGCCACGGCCAACCUGAGCCGCAAAGCCAUCACUGAUAUGCUGACUACCUGCAAGCAAGCUGCACACCAUCCAGAUGUGGGGGAGGACUUGAGAGGAAAAGCCUUACAGUAUGGCACUGAGUGCAUCACAGAAUACAUCAACCUUCUGGAGCAAGUGCUGCAGGUGCUGCAGAGACCCACUCCAGAGCAGAAGCAGCAGCUGGCCGUGCAUUCAAAGCAUGUGGCUGCCUGUGUGACAGAGCUGGUUCAGACAGCUGAGGCCAUGAAAGAUGGAGGAUCAGACUGCGUGGACCCCGAGGACCCCACAGUCAUCGCUGAGACAGAGCUCCUCGGAGCAGCAGCGUCCAUUGAAGCUGCAGCCAAGAAACUGGAGCAGCUCAAGCCCAGGGCCAAGCCCAAGCAGGCGGAUGAGACGCUGGAUUUUGAGGACCAGAUCUUAGAAGCAGCAAAGUCCAUCGCUGCAGCUACCAGUGCUCUUGUUAAAUCUGCAUCUGUGGCUCAGAGAGAACUGGUAGCACAAGGCAAGGUUGGAUCCAUUCUAGCUAAUGCAGUAGAUGACGGCCAAUGGUCACAGGGUCUCAUAUCAGCUGCUCGUAUGGUAGCAGCAGCCACCAGUAGCCUGUGUGAGGCAGCUAAUGCUUCAGUGCAGGGUCACGCCAGCGAGGAAAAGCUCAUCUCUUCAGCCAAGCAGGUUGCAGCCUCUACUGCUCAGCUGCUGGUAGCUUGCAAGGUGAAGGCGGACCACAAUUCUGAAGCCAUGCGGAGAUUACAGGCUGCAGGGAAUGCAGUAAAGCGGGCAUCAGACAACUUGGUCAAAGCAGCGCAAAAAGCAGCAUUUGACAAGACAGAGGAUGACAGCGUUGUGGUGAAGACCAAAUUCGUUGGAGGCAUUGCUCAGAUUAUCGCAGCUCAGGAGGAGAUGUUAAGGAAGGAGCGAGAACUGGAGGAGGCUCGGAAGAAGCUGGCUCAGAUCCGGCAGCAGCAAUACAAAUUCCUGCCCAGCGAACUGAGGGAGGACGAGGGCUGACCAAGCCUGCAGGCGAGAAUGCUGAUGUACAGAUGCCAACAUCUCCUCAUCAGGAGGCAGUGCUGAUGUACUGUCGCCCGCUUUGCUCUGACGUCACUAAAGACUAUGUUCAGCACUUGAAACAGGCCUGUUCGUUGACAAAACAAGUGCCUGUGCUUUGUAGUGUACUUGUGUGAGUGUAAGUGUGUGAUGUGUUUGUCAGUGAAUGGUUUUGAUUUUGAGAAUUUAAUAUAAAGAAAGUUCUUAGUGUGAGCAAACAGAGACAAAUGGAUUGAGUUAUUUUCAGUGUGGGUAUCUGUGCAUCAUGAGCGUUACUGACUGUUACAGGCAUGAAUCAAAGAUCUUAAGUAUGCCGAAUCUCUCAGUAAUUACAGAACCCUCUUAGCUAUUUAAAGCCUAUAUGAUUAAACUGAUGUUCCGAAAAUAAAGGUUUGUAGCUCAUGAUUUAUAUGAAAUAAAUCCUCUAAGGAUGACUAAAAAGCAGUAAGGGCAAAGCCUCUUUUUAACAGUGGGCUUGCAUGCACCAUUGCUUUAAACACAUAUCAAUAAAGCUACUAACCAAUACCUAUAGAGUAUUAUAGUUAGAAAAAGGCCCUUGUAUUUUACUAAGAGUGUUAAUCUAUGGGGAUUGGAGUUAAACAAACAUAUUUUCUCACUAAAUGCAUCUAAACUAAGCUGUACUUGACGCCAAACACAAAUUGUUUUACUGUAAAAAUAACAAGCAUUGAUCCAAACUAUAAAUCAAAUAGAAAACCAGUUCCUAUGAAAAAGAGCGUUAUAUUCCGAUCUAAAUGUGACCAAAUAUGUUUUGCUGCUUGUACAAUAUUGCACUCAAAGAAUCCUAUUGAUUUGUUUUCCCUAAAAUACAGAGAGCUGUAUAAAGUUAUAAACAGUAUUAUUACAUUGUUUGAGAUGUUUUUGUCUUCUUUCAUAUUUUGAAUUUUCAUCCGCAAAGUUUCCGUGUCCCCUGUACUCAUUCAGGGUUCCUUCACAGUAAUUAUUGGUUUGGAAAAGGAUUUUAGUAUUUAACACAACUGGACAAAUGGGAGAGAAGAUUUUAUUGUCUCUUUACACGGUUGUUACCAUGAUGUCAGCCAGUUUUCAUGGAAAACACCCAUUGCUGAGUUGAACAUAUUAGUUUUAGUAGAUAUUUCAUGGAGAGAUGUUAAUCAGGUGACCAAACAACACUCAAAAUCUUAGAUCUAAGAAUUUUUAGACCAUAAGCUUAUGUGGAACAUUGGAGUUCUGAGUGUUUCUGACUAUCAUUUAUUUACACAUUCGGUGUAGUUGUCAAUUACACAUGAUUGUCAUAUUCAUUUUGGAUUUUUAUUUACUUGUUUGAGCCCUUUUUCCAUUUUGUUUUCAAGGCACCUUUAAGAACAUGGCUGAUUUUCAAAACAACAAGAAAGGGAUGGAGAAGUUUGAAUUUCCUGUGGUUAUACAAUUAUACGUACAAACUCAUGGUUUACUCAUGUCAGGAUAUUUUUUUUUUUUUUAGCAUAAUUGUUGUUAAAUUUGUUGGUGACAAAAAGAAUACCUCUAUUGUUUUAUUAAUUCCCAAAUCAGUUUGGAUGUUUGUUGGGAUAUUUGUCCUGUUGAAACACCAUAUUUUGUUCAUGUUUUACCCACCCUGCUCUUGAUCAGGUUUGAACUCCAGCUUUGCAUACUGUAAUACAACUUAACUAAAUAGCAUGCUAGGGAUUUGAUAGAAAGCUUAUAGAUUUGAAAAACCUCAUCUUGACCAGUCCAAUCAAAUGUAUUCUCUUUUAUUCAUUGCAUUUUAAUUUUAAAUCGACCAAAUUACGUAAUUUAACUAUAUUCCAGAUUCCAUUUGGUUUAUUUUUGUGCAUGACUACCAAUUUCCAGCUGAAUUUCAAUGUAGUUAUUUUGUAAGCCUGUGCUUUUGGGCCAUAUGUUUGGUUUCUCCUAAACUUUCUGACAAAUUUUCUUUUAUCCAAACCUAACAGUUUGUGUCAGAUAGUAAACUAUUGAGUGUUUCAAUCGAACAGUACUUGCAAACACAAUCUAAACUGGUUCUGAAAAAUGAUAAAGCAGGUUUAUAUUAGGAUUAGUAUCCUUUAUCCAAAAACACCACCCACCAAACUUUUAAAGAUUUAUUAAAAAACAGUUGAAACACUGAUUUGACCGCAGAAACCAGCCAUAUUAAAAUGAAUGCUGCUCAGAUGUGUCUAAAAUCACUAUGAAUUAUUAGAGAAACUCGUUAAGGAUGUCUUUGUCUAAACCACAGUCCACAGUUUCUAGCAGGGUUGCUGCAAACAAUUAUUUCCAUCAGAGGACACAAGUUGAUAAAAGUAAAAUAUCAGUAAAAAUUGUAUUCUGUUUGAGGUAUGAAUCGUUUUUUGCAUUUAUUGCUGACAUCAAACAUGGCCCGAUGACUGACCAAGACAUACGUUUGCAUUGGGGAAAGCAAUGUGUUGGAACCCUGACCUAAUCACAUUUAUUUAGAUCCCCCAGUCACUGCCUCAUCUUACUGAAGUCCUUUUUAUAUUAGACUCUGGGUCUAUGGAAAUGAAAUACACUGGAUAUUACAGCAAGGUAAUGUUGAGUUACUGCUGUUAUUGGGUAGAAAAUAAGCUCCUUCCAGUGAUAUUGGCCGUUAAGCUUUUUUCCCAUAUCUUUCACAGUAACAGCAGGAGUUCAAGGCUUCCAUGACAGAAAAUCUUUAUUAGAAAACAGCUUUUUGCUCAUUUUGAAGAAAUUAAUUAUGUUUUGUUCUAUCCUAUUAAUGACUUACACAUGCUUGAAAUUAACUACUGUCCAUCUCCUCAGUCUUUCCAUGCUUGUCAUGUCUGCAACGUGUACUAGUGCCUUACUUGAGUCUGCGCAGCAAGCAGUUGAACGCAAGGCUAGCUGGGAGCAUGAGCCGCCUCCUCUCUGGGUCAGAAUCAUAACGCCAGUCAAACAGCAAAAUCUUUGCCAUACUGGUGGCCUAUACCUGCCGGCAGUGUUAUAGUGCUGAUAUUAAAGGGCAUCUGUUGAUACCUUUAGGGUUUAGUUACUAACACUUGGCUGCAUUCAGUGAGCUACACUUAUCUGAGGUGAUGAAAUUAUUUAAAUUGAUUUAGCCUAAUCCCAAUAAUUGUUGAGCUGAAUAAUUUCCUUGUUGCAUUGUCUAGACUAAACCACUAUUAAGAUGUUUCUUUGUUGAUGUAAGACUUAUCCUGAAAUAUACUGUCCAGCAGAUAUGUCUGAGUAUUACUGGAAUAGAAUAAGCGUUUCUCUGUUAUAAACAAGUGUUGUGCUUUCUUUAACAGAUUGCGUCGGUUGUAUCAUUUGAUGCUGUAUGUACAAUAUUUAUCUGGUCACAAAAAUAUUUUUUGUA